ACACAAGUGCUGUUCUUAAUUUUCUGAAGCCGUAUUUUGUCAAAUGAAAUAGAACAAGCUUUAAAAUCUUCGAAUAAUAUUGAAAAGUAAAUUGUACAAUUUUAUAAUUGUCCUUCGAUGCAAAAGAAGCUUUAAAACAUAGUGCUUUAAAAACAUAACCUGUGGUUUUAGGUGUUGUGUUUGAUUUUAGGUCAAAUUAUUUAUUACUUCCUUAACUUUCUAUAAUACAUUAGUGAUAAACAAGAACAAGCUCCAGACGGCUCCAGUUAUUGAUAUUGUGUGAUUAAAACUGUAAAAUAUUAUCAGUUUCAAAUUUUUACAUUAAAAGUAGUGUGCUCUUAGCCGGCUUUAAGGUUAUAAUUUAAAGAAUUACAUUUUAAAGAUGAAGGACGUUAUCGAUGUAAUGGAACUGCAACGUGAGAAGUCCCGGAAGAACGUUCCGAUGGAUUACAAAUCGCUUGAGUUCAAUAAUGGAUACACGGCUGCCAGGUUUAUAUUCGAAUGUGGCAUUAAGUUAAAUGGACAACCACUUACAGUGGCCACUGCUGCCAUCAUUAUGCACCGAUUCUUUAAAGAAGUUGAUCCUACCAAUUAUGAUCCGUUUUUGAUAGCUUCUUCCGCACUAUACCUGGCAGGAAAAGUCAAAGAUGAUCCCCUGAAAAUUAGAGAUAUUAUCAACGUAGCUCACAAUACACUGCAUAGAGGAAGCAGUCUACUGGAAAUUGGCGACGAAUAUUGGAGUAUGAGAGACGCCAUUGUUCAAGCCGAAUUGUUAAUAAUGAGAAUAUUGAAGUUCGAAGUCAGUACAACUCAUCCCCACAAGUUCAUGUUACAUUAUCUGAGGUCCAUGGAAGGGUGGUUGGGUAAAGAACAGUUGGAAAGCGUCCCAGUAGCAAGAGCAGCAGCAACUUUCCUUCAGGACUACCACCACGAUCCCAGUAUCCUUGACUAUGACCCUCGACACGUCGCUAUCGCUUGUAUAUCUUUAUCUCUUCAAUGCUAUGGAAUACAAUUACCCCUUAUAGAAGACACCGACGAUGAGGCCUGGUACAAUAUAUUUGUUAAAGAUCUUCCCAAAGAGAAGCAUUGGGAAAUAAUGGAGAAAAUUAUGGAAGUGUACAACAAGGAAACAGAAUAGGUUAUAUUUUACUGUCGGUAUUGUGUACCAGUCGUAUUUUUCACAUGUUCGUAUUAGGAUAAGGUGAUAUUACGAAAUUAAGUUAAGUAAGUGAGGCUGUAUAAUCAUCUGAUGGAUUUUUUCAAUUUAUAAGUAUUUACAAGGAACUUACUUCCACUUUCCAGUUGCACUGCUGAAUUAUUAAAUACUUCAUAUCAAUGUAACUUUAGGUUGUUAUUUUGCUGAAGUUAGGUCCAUUUUCAUAAAAAAAAUGAAGUUUUAAGUAGACUUUCUUUAUUAGUUCCUGUCCCUAACACUAGACUAGGCUUUCGUGCCUGCUGUCCAGUCUCUUUUGGAUUGAAUUCUUGCUGUACUAUAUGCUUAAACUGCGAGUUUUUGGUAAUUCCUCUUCAUCCAUAAUAUAUUGCUGAUUCAUAUCCAGCUUGAAGGACCAGAAUACUUACUAACCUAAACUUCUUCGAUUAUAUUGGACUGUAUAUUUUCAGUUCAGAACUUUUCUGGAAGUGCAAAUGUAAGAUAAUAAUAAUAAAAUGUAGUUUUACAGUGGAAGAUCCAUCUCGUUAUAUUACACACUUCUCGUAUAAACCAAACGUUCCUCGUAAAUAAAUAUUUAUAAAUAAGUAAGAUUCAUCAUUCGAUAUUAUAUAUUAUGUACUUGGAAUUUUUCAACGGAGAUCUGUGAAGACAAGUAUACUUUUUUUUAUUUUUUUUUAGAGACUAUUGUUUUAUAUCGAACUGACUACAGCUAAAAAAAUAUAAACGAGUUGUAUUUCCAUUAGCAUUCACAGGUGUUAUUUUAGGUUUUGUAUGAAUAAUAUUGUAAUAAAGAGGACUUUCUAUUCAAA